GUGAACUAGAAAGGUACCGGCCUCUAGUUCUGUUUCAGAAAUCCUAUUGCGAAAAGGAUUCUGGCUCAGAGGAACGAACAGAGAUUUCUGGAAAUUUCUUAGGUCAAAGCUGGCAUUUGAAUCCUUUUCCUGAUCGGCCCCUGCACACUCCUAACUGCGGCAUCGCUGAGGCCGAGGCGGGUUGACUGCGGUGGAACUCGGGCUCAGUCCCCCGCCUGUCAUCUUUGUGUCUCUUCAUGGGGGAGGGGCGGGCUGUCUGACACAGUUAUUAAACCUGGCAGCUGCGUUGGCGGCACUGAGGAGCAUUUUGAGUGUGCUCGCAGAAAAUAAGGGGCUUCCAGCUGGCUUCCUGCUUGCCAUUUCUGGCCGCCUGCAAGGCGUGCCGAGAGCCUUCCCGUCCUUCUGAUUGCAGUGGCCCGGGGAGUGCGCGCGCUUCGGAAGCCUUUGGAAACCAGCAGCGUGCAGGGUCAAAGACAGCCGGCCUCCCAUGUCAGUGGUCUAGGAUGGCCAGUGAAGCCACCAACAUCCCAAGUCCUGUGGUGCGCCAGAUUGACAAGCAGUUUCUGAUUUGCAGUAUAUGCCUGGAACGGUACAAGAACCCCAAGGUUCUCCCCUGUCUGCACACGUUCUGCGAGAGGUGCCUGCAGAACUACAUUCCCGCCCACAGUUUAACCCUCUCCUGCCCAGUGUGCCGCCAGACCUCCAUCCUGCCCGAGAAAGGGGUGGCCGCGCUUCAGAACAACUUCUUCAUCACAAACCUGAUGGACGUGCUGCAGCGGACGCCAGGCAGCAACAUAGAGGAGUCUUCCAUCCUGGAGACCGUCACCGCUGUGGCUGCGGGAAAGCCUCUCUCUUGCCCGAACCACGAUGGGAAUGUGAUGGAAUUUUACUGCCAGUCCUGUGAGACCGCCAUGUGUCGGGAGUGCACUGAGGGCGAGCACGCAGAGCACCCCACGGUCCCCCUCAAGGACGUGGUGGAGCAGCACAAGGCCUCACUCCAGGUCCAGCUGGACGCUGUCAACAAAAGGCUCCCAGAAAUAGAUUCUGCUCUUCAGUUCAUCUCAGAAAUCAUCCAUCAGUUAACCAACCAAAAGGCCAGCAUCGUGGAUGACAUCCAUUCCACCUUCGAUGAGCUCCAGAAGACGUUAAAUGUGCGCAAGAGCGUGCUGCUGAUGGAACUGGAGGUCAACUAUGGCCUCAAACACAAAGUGCUGCAGUCGCAGCUGGAUACUCUGCUCCAGGGGCAGGAGAGCAUCAAGAGCUGCAGCAACUUCACCGCGCAGGCCCUCAACCAUGGCACGGAAACGGAGGUGCUGCUGGUGAAGAAGCAGAUGAGCGAGAAGCUGAACGAACUGGCCGACCAAGAUUUCCCCCUGCACCCGCGUGAAAACGAUCAGCUGGACUUCAUCGUGGAAACCGAGGGGCUCAAGAAGUCCAUCCACAACCUCGGGACCAUUCUGACCACCAACGCGGUGGCCUCCGAGACGGUGGCCACGGGCGAGGGGCUGCGGCAGACCAUCAUCGGGCAGCCCAUGUCCGUUACCAUAACGACCAAGGACAAAGACGGCGAGCUGUGCAAAACCGGCAAUGCCUACCUCACGGCUGAGCUGAGCACCCCCGACGGCAGCGUGGCGGACGGGGAGAUCCUGGACAACAAAAACGGCACCUACGAAUUUUUGUACACGGUCCAGAAGGAAGGCGACUUCACCCUGUCUCUGAGACUCUACGACCAGCACAUACGAGGCAGCCCGUUUAAGCUGAAGGUGAUCCGGUCCGCCGACGUGUCGCCCACCACCGAAGGCGUGAAGCGGCGCGUCAAGUCCCCAGGGAGCGGCCACGUGAAGCAGAAAGCAGUGAAAAGACCUGCGAGCAUGUACAGCACCGGGAAGCGAAAAGAGAACCCCAUCGAGGACGAUCUGAUCUUUCGAGUGGGAACCAAAGGAAGAAAUAAAGGAGAGUUUACGAAUCUUCAGGGGGUAGCUGCAUCUACAACUGGAAAGAUAUUAAUUGCAGACAGUAACAACCAAUGUGUCCAGAUAUUUUCCAAUGAUGGCCAGUUCAAGAGUCGUUUUGGCAUACGAGGACGCUCUCCCGGGCAGCUGCAGAGGCCCACAGGAGUAGCCGUGCACCCCAGUGGGGACAUAAUCAUUGCAGAUUAUGAUAAUAAGUGGGUUAGCAUCUUCUCAUCAGAUGGAAAGUUUAAGACAAAAAUUGGAUCGGGAAAGCUGAUGGGGCCCAAAGGAGUCUCUGUGGACCGCAACGGGCACAUUAUCGUGGUGGACAACAAAGCAUGCUGCGUGUUUAUCUUCCAACCAAAUGGGAAAAUAGUCACCAGGUUUGGUAGCCGAGGAAACGGGGACAGGCAGUUUGCAGGUACACUCGACGGUCCUCAUUUUGCAGCUGUAAAUAGCAAUAAUGAGAUUAUUGUUACAGAUUUCCAUAAUCAUUCUGUCAAGGUGUUUAAUCAGGAAGGAGAAUUCAUGUUGAAGUUUGGCUCCAACGGAGAAGGAAAUGGGCAGUUUAAUGCCCCCACAGGUGUAGCAGUGGAUUCGAAUGGAAACAUCAUUGUGGCAGACUGGGGAAACAGCAGGAUCCAGGUGUUUGAUGGGAGUGGAUCGUUUUUGUCCUACAUUAACACAUCUGCUGACCCGCUCUACGGCCCCCAAGGCCUAGCCCUAACUUCAGACGGCCAUGUUGUGGUUGCAGACUCUGGAAAUCACUGUUUCAAGGUCUAUCGAUACCUACAGUAACGGUGGCCAGCCGGAUGUCCCCUCGAGACGGUCUUGCACUAUAAACUGGAAUGGAUUUCUCCACCCGGGACCAGAUUAUGACUAGACUUUUCAUGCUAGAAGGAAUCGUUGAUGAACUUUCCAUGGUUAUUUCUGAAUGUAACAAUUUCCUUAAAAAACUGCUCAUCCAAUUUCUAAAAUUCACCAUUAGGGUUUAAAAAAAAAAAAGUCUUCUACUGAAUAUACAAACUGCGAAGUUUUACACCUGUGAACUAUGGCUUAUAGGACAGGGAUUUAUGUAGUUAAAUUAAUUUUGCAAAUCAAACAAACAUUAAACAAAAACUAGCAUAUGUAAAAAUAUUUGUUGAUCCUGUGAAUGAUAGCCUUUGCGCAGAGCUUCCAAAAACAAAUUCUGUAGUCCUUAUAUACUUUAUUUAACCCAGGUCAGAAGACCUGUGGAACCUUCUAACCUCACUUUUACAGUAUGGUUUUUUCUUUCUUUCUUUCUUUCUUCCUUUCUUCCUUUCUUUCUUUCUUUCUUUCUUUCUUUCUUUCUUUCUUUCUUUCUUUCCUUCCUUCUUUGGGCGGGGGGAGCUGGUAAUCGACAACUACAUAUUACUUACUUCAGAAAAAAAAAUUGAGGCUGUCUUGCAAAAUCCUCCCAGCUCUGAUUUGCAGACAACACUUGAGUCAAUGCAGAUUUCCCAGCCUUUCUGGGUUAGAUCAAAGAUCCUUUCUGUCGGUUCUUUUCACCUUCUCUUUCCUACUCACCUGGUAUCAGAAAACAAAGUACAUUUUCCGAGAAACCUGAAAAUCUCUGAUGCUUUGAAAAAUCAUCUUACAGAAGUAAUACUACCUUUCAGUCAACGAAUAGCCCCAUUAACUCCAGAUGAAUAUACUGGAACGUAAUCAAGAAAAGGUCACGUUUUAUCUGUGCCAUGUUUUCACAUGUGUCUUUCUUUCCUCUUCCACUUCAUGAAAGCAAGAGCUUUACCUUCUGCAUAAUGUCAGCACAUGUAGUAGGACACCAGUAUCCUAGGACAGAGAGCCAUAAGCAGCCCUUUGGAGGACCGAUGGUGUCAACCAAAGGCAUGUGGAUUGAUUAAUGAUUUCCCCUUAGCGAGUGUUACCAAAGUUCUGUUAUCUCGAGAGCAUUACAGGUAAGAGCAUGUUAUGGUUAUUUAUCAUUGUUCAAUGAAUAGUAGAGGUAUCAAGGGACUAUGUAUACAUGAUUAGGGUAAGAUAGAAUGUAUAAUAUAAAUAUAUAUAUAGCUUUGGUGUAUUGAAAUAGGCAGCACUCGGAAAGACAGAAGCAUUCUGUCCAGCCAUUCUUCAGCACAUUCCUUUACUAAUGCAGCUCAAGCCGUCCCUUGUGGAGCAAGCCCUAACACAGGUUGGAUGUUUGCCAUUUCCAGGGAACGAUGGUGGUGGCUGAUCGUCUUGUGUUUUCAAAAGAGAAGAAAAAUGAGAAAAACAGGUCAAAAUAAAAGUUGAACUGGACUUACAUCUGAACUAAGUAUAAAUGCAUUUUGAGAAAUGUUAAGAACAAUUUAGUCAACCUGUCAUUGAUACUGUAAAAUAAGAUGCAGACUGUUUCCACUGUUUAAUUUUCUACUCAGUUCUACCAAACAGGAUGUCAUGUUUGAUGUUUUCAAUAAUGACUUUGGGAUCUUUUUCAUUAAAAGCACCUUAGAACUUGUACUAUAAGAAAACAUUUCCUGUACGUAUUAUUAUAUGAAUGUGAUGCUUAUUACUUAUUAAUUUAAAAUUCAGCCAUCCUCUAUAUAGGACUUUUUAAAAAUUGGAAGGGAAUCUAGCAACUUCCAGUUGUCCAUUAAAUUUAUUAGGCCCAAAUCAGCUCUGAAAAUAAAGCUUUCUCAGAAAGAGUAACGUUUAGGUUUAGUAUUUUUAAAUUUUUUUUAAUUUUUUAGUUUUUGAAUUAUCAAGUCUGUGUGAUGAAGUUAUAAAAUCCAAUAAAAUUUUUAGAAUGUUAAACUAAGACAUUGUUUCCUAAUGCCAGUGAAAUAAGUCUUUGAUUUUUUUUUUUUUAAUUUUUUUCUUGGUGCUGGAAAUUGCAAAUGUAAGCGCCAGUUCUACCACUGAGCUGCACCUGCAGCCCAAGACUUUGAAUUGAAAUGUUCCUAUUUACAGAGUCCCUUCUAGGUUCUAGGUUCUCUUCUAGGCACUGGGAAUAGACUAAUAGAUAAAACAAACAAAAACAUCCCUGUCCCCUUGGAGUUUACAUCCUGGGGGAAGGAAUUUCAUUUUGCCAUUUACUAUAAAAUGUUCUGCCUAAAAGGGAGGCUAGACUCUUAAUAGUUCUUGGACUAUUUAAAAGAAAAUCUUUUAAAUUGGUUGUUAAUUUUAGUUUAUUUUCAUAAGUGUAAAUGGCUUCCUAUUUAAAUUCUAUCACAGACUGUUGGGUUUUUUUGUUUGUUUGUUUGUUUCUCUGGUUUUGCAGUGCUGGGGACUGAACCAGGGCCUUGACAUACUAGGUAAAUGCUCUACCAUUGAGCUACAUCCCCAGCCCUAGACUAUUGAUUUUAAAACUAGUUUACCUACAGAGGGUUUUCUUUUUUUUUUUCUUUCUUUCUUUUUUUUUUUUUGAAGUACUUAUGAACUUAGAAAUGAAUUUAAAAAUUAAUCAGCCUCCAUCAUAUCAUAUCAGGCCAAGUAUCUAAAUACAUAGUUAAUUUAUUUCCAUGUCAAUUUUGGCACAAACUGGAAUGGAUGUAUAGAUAGUUUGAUUUGGACCUGUUCCACUGUCUCUUAACUAAACCUAUGCUAUGGGCACUCCAGGAAACACUAUAUUUUUCCCCCAAAAUAUGUAAUCAUAUAUAUUAAAAUAUAGAUAACAUUUCAUACCUGGAUACAUAUGUGCAUUUACUGUAUUUCUGGUGAGCAUAUUUUGGGGAGAAAGUGCUGCUGAUAAGAUACAAAUAGAUAAGAUUUAAAUGAAAUUUUGUCACAUUCUAUGGAAAAUGGUUUCUGGUAAACUGAGAAGGAUAUUAAAAUAAGUGGCUUUUAUUCUGGGCUACCAUUAUUAUUUGGUUUCGCUUUGUCAAGUGUAUAGAACCUGUCAUACAUUCAUGAUAAGUAGCACUGAGAAAGUACUCACUCAAAAUUCCCCCGGGCACUUAUGGCAUAGUAUUGCCAAUUAGGAUUUGAAGGUCAGUGACAAUGCAUUUUCCCCCAAUACAGACCUCCCCUGCUGGACAUGGGGAUGGAGGGAGUUACUUGACCAUCCUGAAACACAUAAAUAAAAAGCCUUUAUGACUGUGUUUGCCAUUUUUUUAAAUGGCAUAUAGUAUUUUGGUGAAGUUUUAGACCCCAUAAUUAAACAAGUCUCCAGGUUUCCUUAAGACUAGAUUUAAGGCCAAUUAAUACCCCAGAUCCAUGCAACUAUUGCACACUUGCUUCCACUACUAAAUAUACAGGGUAUCCUAGAAUGGAAUUAACUGGAAUAGUAGUACCUUACUUAGUAUCUAUGGAUCCUCAUACUGAAGGGUCAACAUAAAUGCUUAGGUAAUACCUACUGAAUAAAUUGGAGGAAACAGCAAGUCAACAGCAAAUAAUCUGCAGAUCACUUCAAAUGGAAAAAAUCUUUUUGUACAUUUGAAUACUAUGACAUCCUCUCUAUUCACCAGCUUCUGAAAAGGGAGGAGUGUUUUUAGUUGAAUAAUUUAAAAACAAGGCAUUUCCAGGCAGGAUAAAAUUGAAGCUAUUUGAUGCAGACCUUAUCUAAUUUUGCUUUACCGGAAGUCGUAUAAUACUGUUGCUUUCUGUAAAUGUUGCAGGGUUUUAAACUUUACAAUUAUUUUUAAUAUUUUUGAUAUCUAGGAAUCUAGCAUUGCCAUAAAGGAAACUAAGUGCCCAUUAAAGAUUUAUUUGGUAUAAAUACUUUUUUGUUUUGUUUUAAAUGACAGUAAGCUACAAAUCAUGAUGCUAAUCUUAAAAACUUUCUAAAGAUGAAUUGUGUGGCAGUGAUUGUGUGAUCUGUUUGUGGAGAAUGUAUGAAAGCUAUUAAUAUUCUAGAAUAGGUUAAUAAAUUGGCUAUGUUGUUCCAAUGAAUGUACAGCACUUCCAUUAACUUUUGAAAGCAACACAGCCUUAAACUCAACUCAAUGCUUUUGCUUUAUGACAUGGGGAAUGUUCUGUCAUCAAGAGUGUUUUUGGUUUUUUUGCAGUGCUGGGGAUCAAACCCAGGGCCUCGAGCAUGGUAGUCAAGCGCUCUACCACUGAGCUACUCCCCAGCACAAUAGUGUAUUCUCAUAACAGAAUUCUUCUUCUUGUAUCAUUCUCAACUCUAUAGCCUUUCAAUCCAAGGUAUGAGUAUGAAGGGUUUUUGCUUCCUUUGUUUUCUUUUUAGAUUUUGUACAUUCCAUCUUUAUAGGUCCGUUUCAUAUGUUUUGUGUAUAGAACACUAAGUCUUGCGCUCUCUGACAUUGAUACUGAUAUAUUCUUACCAUUUGUUAUUUUAUGAAUCAAAAUGCUGACUGCCUAUUUAAAGAAUGAACGCUGUGCAUCAAAGUGUUUGUAUGUUCGUAGCUACAUACGUACCACAGUAUUUUGGAUGCUUUAGUCUACAAUAAAACUUUAAAUUAAUUCUGUCUUGAAACAUAGGAGAAACAAGACUCGUGUAUAUCUUUACCAUGCACAAAAAAAUCUCAAAUCAUUAUAAUAAAGCUUGUUUUCUCCA